CUGCGGUUCUCGUUUCAGUUCAGUUUGUGGAGAACAUUGACGGCGUUGAGGUGCAAUUGUAAUUUGUUGCUCGUUCGGUCUGUGAUUUAUAUGUUUGUCCCGAAAUCAUAAUUAUUCGAACUGCAACAUCAUCGGUAGCAUUUUCUUAACUUUAACAAUUGAGUGAUUGCUGUCCACAACAUUUUACGGUCGGUUCGGCCGAAUUAAUAGAAAGAAAAGUGAAUAAGUGGAAAGAAUAAGAACAACAAAUCGUUGGUUCAAUUCGGAAACGAAACACAAAAUAAUAUUGAAAUUUAACACAGACAAAUAGAACGAAAAUGAACAUAGAAUCGAUGUGAAGUGAAAAUUUUAUGUGUGUAUUUCAUUCACAACACUUUAUCUUGUGUAAGGUGUAAUAAUAAAUAAAAGUUUGUUUCUAAGUAGGAGUACAUAAGUGGAUGUUGUGAAUGAUUCAAAUAAAUUAAUUAUCACGCAAAAAUACAAGCAGCUCGUUAACAUUGUAUGUACAAUAUUCAUAAAAUAACAAAUGAAAAAAUGAAGUCGCGCAAACUUAAAGACGUUGUGGCUUUCUUCAAACAAUAAUUCUUUUGAAUGAGAUUGUUCAGUGUAAAUUUUCGGAAUAUUAUAAACAACCAACGGCGAUUGUAAUCUCUCUGGAUAAUUUAUAUCGUCCGAUUUUGUUGGAUCUACUUUGGGAGAACACGGGAAUCAUGUCGAACUGAAAAGAAUAAAUUGCAACCAAUGAUGUAUGACAUCCCGAUAGCGGAAAUGACGAUAUAUUGAGAAAAUUGCUGAAUGCGAAGCGACAAAAGCAUCGAACGUUGGACCUAAUUUUUAGAUAUUAAUUUCAAUACCGAAACGAUUGAGCCAAAACAAACACUAUGAUGACUACCAGAUUGCACAUUUUCAUUAUUUUAACGAUAGCUGUGAAUGCAAUAGCUGGCGACAGUAUACACAGCGGUGUGGAACCGCUGCCUGCUAUACCUGCUAUACCAAAAGAUCCAAAUUCCAGAUGUGAAGAGAUAAGACUGACCAUGUGCCGUGGAAUCGGUUACAAUUUAACAUCGUUUCCAAACGACAUGAAUCACGAUACUCAGGAGGAAGCUGGCCUUGAAGCGAAUCAAUUUGUGCCAUUGGUUGAAAUGAAAUGCUCGCCAGACCUGCGAUUCUUCUUAUGCUCACUUUAUAUGCCAAUUUGUAUCGAAGACUAUCACAAACCUCUUCCAGUGUGUCGUUCAGUGUGUGAACGAUCCCGUUCUGGAUGUGCUCCGAUUAUGCAACAAUACAGUUUUCAAUGGCCGGAACGGAUGUCCUGCGAUCGAUUUCCGGUGUCAGGCGAUCCGGAAAAUUUGUGUAUGGAACCGAAAGAUGAAGGUGGCAGUAUGUCGGGUGGAUCCAGUGGAAGUGGAAGCAGCAGUGGCGGCAUGAGUGGUUCGGGCACGAGUGGACCGAAGAAAACAACGCCAAAAGACAAAUGCAAGGGUAAAAAUUCAAAAAACUGCCAAAACACCCCAGGGGAAAAGGCAAAGGAAUGCGGUUGCCGAUGCAAAGCACCGCUGGUUCCCCUGGGGAAGGACAACAACUAUUACAACACAAGUGUCGCAAGGGUCGCAAACGUACCAAACUGCGGCAUUCCGUGUCACGGGGCGUUCUUCACAAACGAAGAAAAGGACUUCGCGCAAGUGUGGAUAGUCCUGUGGUCGGGACUAUGCUUCGUCAGCACGCUAAUGACACUAACCACAUUCAUUAUCGACACGGAAAGGUUCAAAUAUCCUGAGAGGCCGAUUGUGUUUUUGUCGUUGUGCUACUUUAUGGUUGCCGUUGGUUAUUUGUCGAGAACGGUUUUCGGUCAUGAGCAAAUAGCCUGCGAUGGACGUGCCAUUAAAUAUGCAUCAACUGGGCCUGGAUCUUGUACGCUCGUUUUUCUACUAAUUUAUUUCUUCGGCAUGGCUUCAUCAGUAUGGUGGGUCGUUCUUGCAUUCACUUGGUUUUUGGCUGCAGGACUAAAGUGGGGAAACGAGUCGAUUGCUAAACACUCUCAGUAUUUCCAUUUGGCUGCGUGGUUGAUACCUACGUUACAAUCGGUAUCUGUCUUAUUAAUGGCAGCAGUCGAUGGCGAUCCAAUUGCAGGAAUCUGCUAUGUGGGUAACUUGAAUACCGAACAUUUGAAAACGUUCGUACUGGCACCAUUGUUCGUUUACCUUGUCGUUGGCACAACAUUUUUAAUGGCUGGAUUUGUAUCGCUAUUCCGGAUUCGAUCGGUGAUAAAGCAACAGGGAGGAAUCGGUGCUGGAGCAAAGGCUGACAAAUUGGAAAAACUGAUGAUUCGAAUCGGUAUAUUUAGCGUGCUAUAUACGGUCCCUGCCAUGAUCGUAAUUGCGUGCAGCUUGUACGAGGCUGCAUUUUUCGAGGACUGGAUGACUGGCAUUGCAUGCCCAUGCAAAGCUGCUGUAGGACCACGCAAAAAACCGUUAUACUGGGUGCUCAUGUUAAAAUACUUCAUGGCGUUGGCCGUUGGUAUUACGUCAGGUGUGUGGAUCUGGUCGGGCAAAACAGUUGAUUCGUGGAAGAGGCUGUGGAAACGUUUAUUCGGCUCGCCCGACCGAACCGGUGCCAAUCAAGCUCUAAUCAAACAACGACCGCCAGUGCCAUAUCCGUAUGCUGGUUCUGGAAUGGGCGUUCCCGGAUCAACAGCUGCUUCAUUGCUAGCCACACCAUACACACAGGCUGUUGGUAGCGUUGCAUCCACAAGCCAUCACCACUUGCACCAUCAUGUACUGAAACAACCACCGCCCAGCCAUGUAUGACCUGGAGAUAUUGGCGGCACAUCAGUCACUGGAACUGGUUCCGUCGUUGAUCCGCGCGCCGUCUCCGUUGUCGUUACAUUGCCCGGACCACAUCCCGGUCAAGCGUUAUCCGACUACGGUCCUAUAUAGUUAACGGUGCGACCAGACACUGCUCGUUGGAUACAAAGCAGUAGCUUCAGUCAACUAUAAAGUGUGUCUCGCGAACAGUGAAUCAGCAGCGACUCAUUUGGAUAAUAAAUUAGCAUUUUCGUAGUCGUGUGUGUGAAGAUCGUGUCGCAUCCAAUACAUAUAUGCAGCUCUCUCUAGUCCAUAAUUUUAAAUAAUUUUACAUUAAAAAAUCUAAUGAAAGAAAGAAACAAAACAGGCGGUUCGGUUACGUAUUUUUGGUUUAGAAUGGCACACGACACACCUUAUCUCAGUGUGUGUUGGACUAAAAGGAGAAAGAAGUUUCGACCUUUUUUUGUACAUAAAAUGAUUCAGUUCUUCAUAUCGUUUUUAUUAUUAUUAUGUCAACAUAAAGAGAAUUGGGUUUUCAAUUUGAAAAUGAAUGGAAAUUUUUGGUUAAUCAAUUCAUUUAUAGUUGUAGAAGAAAAAAACAAACAAAACAAAGCAAAAUUGUGGAGUUAAUCUCAGUGCAUAUACAUAUACUAUUGAGAUGAAUGAGAUGUUAAAUAGAAGAUAGCAACUAGCAAUAUUUAUAAUAAAUUAUUGUAGACGAACGGUUUAUAUAAAAAUUAGUGCAUAACACAGACUAGAAUGGACCAUAUUUGAUGAAUGUUUUUCUUUUUGUUUCGGAUAAGUGUUCUAAAAUAUUAUAUUAAAAAUUGGUAUAUGUGUUGGCAAAGUAAUAAUUCUUGAAUUAAAAGAUGAAAAUUUCUAUUGAAAAAAAAUUUUAAAAAAAAUUGAAUUGAAAAACACUGCCCUCCAACCAAUGGAACCUUUCUAAUUUCCACUUACUAAAAAUAUCAAAAUGCUAAUUAAUUAAUAAAAAAAUAAAACCCAGAGAUAUUUGACGAAAAACAAUAAACCAGAGCCACAACAAAAACAAUUUUUUUGAUUGUAUAAAUUUACAACAAACAAAAAAGAAGAAAAAAAUUGAAGACCUCAGCAAAGGUGCAUUUUUGAAAUUUUGAUACGUAAUUUAGGUGAUAGCAUCCAGAUUUAUAAAA